AUGUCUACUAGUAAAAAUAUACAAGAGCCUUUACUCACAGAUCAGGAUAAUAAUAAAGCCAGGACUUCAAGCAUAGUUGAAUUUUUAUAGCCAUCUGAAUCAGAAAUUAACUCAUAGUCUCAUACGUUUAGAAUGAACGAUCCCCAGAGUAAAGUGGAUCAGAAAACUUAGCCGUUUGAAACUUUUGACUCUUCUAUGGAUGAUAGAAGAGAAGAGAAACUUGUCUUUAAAUUUAUUCAAAGAGGAGUGAUAUCUGAUCUCAAAGAUCAUAUUUAUACCUGCAAGGACAGGAUUGACAUUUGCAAAAUUUAUGAUAGAUAAGGAUAUUCUCCACUUCAUUUCGCAGCAUAUAAGAAUUCUGAUAAAAUGUGCGAGAUUUUGUGCGAAUUUGUUAAGUUUAAAAUCUCAGAAAACUUGUCCAAAAUUAUUGAUGAUAGUUUGCAGUCUGAAUAUCCUUAUAAAGAUAGACUUAAGUAUUGGAUCAACACUCAUUCCAAAGGAGAGGAGGGCUUUACUGCUUUGCAUUUUGCCUCAUUCCAUGGAAAUAUAAGGCUUAUCAAAUAUUUAUUGGAAAAUGGAGCAGAUCCAUCCUAAUCAAAUAAACAAGGGAUUAAUAUGCUACACGUUGCUGCUUAAGGUGAUUAACCAGCAUCACUUUACUUCUUUAAAUAAUUAGGCAUUGAUAUUGAUUCAAGAGAUAAGAGAUAAUCAACUCCUCUUCAUUGGGCUGCUUUUUCUGGUGCAGAAUUGGCUCUAAGCUAUAUUGUUGCUUGGAAUCCUGACAUUAAUGCCGUAGACUCAAAGGGUCUCACCGCCUUACAUUUGGCUGUAAAAUCUAGUGAAGAUCUUAGAUCAACAAAAGCUAUCAAGUAAUUGCUUAUCAAGGGUGCAGAAAAAAAUAUUAAAGACAUUUAAGGACACCGAGCAAUUGAUCUUAAAGAUUAAGGUAGUUCACUAGGAGAUUGCCUAAUGAUAAAAACUCAAUUCAAAAAGCAUCAUAGAUCUCUGAAUACUUUGAUCUUUUACUUCAUGAUAAUGCUUAUUUCCUUCUUGUUGAUUAUUUUUUUCAUCUUCCCUACUUUGGAUGAUUCUCAUAAUGCUCUUAAAUACUCUGUCAUAUCUCUGUUCGGGUUAACCAUGCUAUUGUGGCUUUUUGCUUGGCUAUUAGACCCAGGCUUUUAAUAAAAAGAUAAGAAUCUUGACUUCAAUAUGCUUUUAGAUAACUUUGAAGCUAAUUGUCUUUGUCCCGAGUGCGAAGUAAUUAGAACACCAAGGUCAAGACAUUGCAAUGAAUUAUUCAAUGUUUUACUUCUUUGUUGCUUCUUAAUUUGCUUACUUAGUAUCAGUUCUAUGGCUUACAGUUACAUGUAAAUUUUAUCAAAUUUUAUUAAUCUUGUAGAACUGUCGAUUGAUGUGAAUGAAAUUUAAGACUAAUAAAAGUAGGAAGAAACAUAAACAGCUAAAAUUAUCCAAAGAAUUUCAUGCUUCUUGAUAACUGCUCUAAGUGUCGCAUUCUUUAUUCCUUUAUUAAAUAACAGUUUGACUAACUAUAUGGAGUCUCCAAGAAGAAAGAUGUCGGUGUUGUUUUUAGAACAGGACUAUAGCAAUAACUGCAUCGGCAACUGCUUCAAAAUGAUAUGUGAAAACAGAAUUGAUACUCAGUCAGAAAUUAUGGCGAAGACUAGUGCUAUAUACAGCAAUAGAAAAAUACAUGACAUUUGA